AUGAGUGAGCGAAUGACUCAGACUGAUUUAGUGAGUAGUUGAACGAUUGUGCUAGCGCGCGCGCCGAUUCCCCCUUUUAGUCAGUCGUUCAACGUAACAGUAUAAACUCGUGCGCGUUACUUUUACUUGAUUUAAAGUGUAUUCGAACGAAAAACAGUUAAUUAUAUAAAAACGAAGUUAAACGUAGUUACUGUUAUAGAGAACAUUUAUCCUACAUUUGUUUGAAGUGGCAUUUCAAGAUGAGGUGUUUAAUAUUUUUAAUCCCGAUGUUAUGUUUCGCCAAUGGACGAAACCUACACGACUUCGCCGAAGAUCGCGAUACCGAUAUCAGCGACAGCAUCGACAGCAUCGACUUAGUAAAGAACAUUAGGGAUUCCAAUAGUAAUCAAAUGAGACACCGCCGAAAGUCGAGGCAGUCAUAUUACGACUUUUCUCCAUAUUAUUACGAUAAUAGACGAGAGUAUGUUCGUCAUCAAGAUGAGAUGCUGAACCGGAUAGUACGGUUAUUGGACGAAAUUUCCUUAUAUGUAAAACGACCGCCAACACCUCCAGCGCCACCACAAGUUAUUUACGUCCCGUACCCGAUUCCCUACCCGAUGCCACAGGUGCGACCUUGCACUGAAAAACCUGUCACAGUAAAUUUGACUGAUAGAUGGCCAGUUAUGGAUGACACUAACAUGAAUUGGGGUUUAGUGCCUGAAGAAGUAGAAGAUAAAGAUGACGGUAGUGAUGGCGCUAGACCUGUCUCGUUUGUUCCCAUGGAAACGAACGAGUCUGUACCAAUUCCACCACCUGUUGAGCACGGUAGCUCGCAAGCAGGGAUGGAAGCCUCAACUGAAGCACCGAUAGAUGCAAGGCCCGGCAUUUGCCAGGCUGCCAUUAUUUUAUGCUGCAAUGCGGGAUCCAAACAAACUCAACAAAGUUGCUUUAAUAAAUAUGGCUGCCCUAAGACAUUUUCUACCGGGCUUUCAUGUAAAUCGAAAAUAGUAAAACAAGUUUUAGAAGAAUUUGCAAAGGCAUAUGCACCUAACACGAAUCGUUGAUUACAAUUCGAGGCUAAUUUCUUCACGCAGCUAGUAAGUGUAUUAAAACUAAACCUUAGAACGUACAAAAUUAAAUUUGUGACAGCAGGAAGUAAAAAACAAUUUACAAUAAAAAAAAAAUAAAAAAAAUGGUGACUCGUAAAUGCAGCUAAAGUAAUAUCUACUCACAAUAGCAACCAUAUAGUUAACGUUAACGCUUAAAACGACCUUACAAUAUUAUAGGUUUAAGCAACCAGCCAUAACAAUGAAAUAGAUAUGAACGAAAAGAUUUUAUCAAAUCUAGAAUCAAACCUAGUAGAAUAUCUAUAUAAUCUAAAAUACUUAUAUUGCUUUUUCACGAUUGUCACUUGUAAACAAUGUAUUUUAAUAAUAACAAGUUGGUUAAUAGUAAAAAAAUACAAGCCGAUUGAGACAAUAAUUCAGGUUAAUAGUCAACUUAAGUUUUUGCAUGGUCGUUGUUAAAUGAUGUUAUAUACAUCGUAGUGGAUAAAAAUUUCUAAAUAUCAACGUUACAUUAAUAGUUAAAGAAAAUUGCUAUAUUACACGAAUAAUUGUUAUCCCAUAUCAUCUUUACACUGAUAAUUCUUUCGUAAUUUGUAUAUCACUAAAGUCUUUCUAAAUUGUUGGACCGAUGAAUAUUUUGAGCGUGUUUGAGUGUGUCCUUGGGUGACUUAGAUUGGAACCGGUAAGUGGCGCUGCGAUCGGAUUGCAGGUUUUAUUAACAUAUUUUUUUAUUUCAUUCGCGCGAAGUCUGGCAGCUAGUAAUUUGAAUAUAGCAAACCCCUUUACUUAAAUUUUCUAAUGUUAUUCCAAUCUGUCAAGAAAUACACAUUAGUAAAAAUUCUCGUUGAGUAAAAAUAUUGCAGAUAUAAAUAAUCACAUGUGUUCAAUUAUAGCAAAAUUGUAGCAGAAAUUAAGUGUUGCGUUAUUUAAAUAAUUUACAUUUAUUGCUAAUUAUAAAUACGGUAUUUUUAAUGGUGUUGCGUUAUUUGGGCAAUUUGUAACUUAUCUCCUAGUUAAACUAAGUCUAACUAGUUUCAUUGGGGAAUAAAUGCAAAGACCUAUUAAUAUUUUCUACUCCAUCAUGUUUUUUUCAUAAUGGAAAAAAUAUAAAUUUUCUUUAAUAUUGUAAGAUAGAUACGUAAUUACUCAUUACUAAAUAGAGUUAUAAACUCCUUUUGGGGACAUUCGAUACGUUUUACUACAAAACUUCAUAAAAACUUUAAAUCCAAAAUUUAAAAAUUGAUAACGAUUUACAACCAUUGUGUGCAUAAGGUGAGUUCAUAGACAUUGGCAUACUUUGAAAAUUUAAAUAUUGGCUCAAGGUUGUUUCAAACGCUAACACUUUGAAACGAAUAGGUAGCUUGCUAAUUUUCGGGCAAUUUUUCUUAGGUAUUAAGUGUUUUCUUAUCAGAAUCGAUGGUUAUAAUAUUUAUAUUUUUGUCAUAGGAAUAUUUUUGGUAGCAAAAUAAUGAAUU